AUGAUGAAUGGAAUUAUAACACAAAAGAUAGUGAGAAAUAUUGAGGAUAGAAUAUUGCACCAAAUUAAUACAACUGAUAAUCAAUUAUUAUGUGAACAAAUAUAUGAACAAGAUAUGGAAUUGCAGAAUGACUCCAUGUUGUACUGUCCACCGUACCAUGAUGGUGCAACAUGUUGGCCACCAAUAUUAGCAGGAAGAACAGCACAUAUGCCAUGCCCAUCUAGUUAUGAAGGUCAAAUGUAUAACUCAAAUGAAAAUGCAAGUAAAGAAUGCUUAGAAUAUGGAAAUUGGUCUUCUAAAUCAAAUUAUAUGCCAUGUUUACUAACCAGUGAUUCAUUAAUUUUAGAUUUGACAAUGACAUUACGGUGUAUAUUUCUUAUGGGAUAUUCUGUAUCGAUUGCAUGUCUAUGUUUGGCCCUUAUCAUUUUCUAUAUUUUCAAAUCAUUAAAGUGUAUGCGUAAUACAAUUCAUUCACAUUUAUUCAUAGCAUUAAUAAUUAAAGCGUUUACAUGGUCAAUUUCAUAUAUAUUUGUUGAAUUCACUGAUAUUAAACAAUUCAAAGGUAAUACAAAGGCAACAAUUAAUAGUUUAUUAAAUAUUACAGUAUCAUUACAAGCAUUUGGUGCAUUGGCAAUAUUUGUCUGGAUGUUUAUUGAAGGAUUAUAUUUAUGCUUAAUUGUUUAUUGUGCAUUCUGGGUGGAUAAAAUGAAAUUUUGGCCAUAUGCAUUAUUUGGAUGGGGUCUGCCUACACUCCUGAUAUCGAUUCGCGGUGUGUUGAAUUUUAUUAAAUAUCCGACAGAAUUUUGGCUAUUUCAUGGAACCGAUGUCUACCUAUUGACUAUACCAACAUUAAUCCUACUUGGGUUGAAUGUUUUAUUUCUGAUAGCUAUCCUGUAUGCAUUGAAUGACAAAUUACGUAAACGUGUAAUCAUAGCGAACGCCAACAUCAGCAGUAACAAUAAUGAUACAAAUAGUUGUCGUCGUAACACUAUCCAUGAUACUGACACACAACAACAUCAUAGAAAAUCAACUAAUCUGUUUACUGAUCCCUAUGAAAACUAUACAUCAAUGGAUGAUGUUUCUGACUUACAACCAUUACCGAAUUUUGACGAUUAUCAUCUAGCCGGGUAUAUAGCACCACUGAAUAAAUGCAAUUCUUACUAUCCCCAUCAAUCUACACAUAGUAAGUCAUUAUUAUUACGGCAUAAGUCGAAUUCAGAGACGGGUGAAACUACAAUGAAUGAAAUGUAUCGAAGUAGGCAUCAAGACACUACUAAUAUUAGUAGUAGGAGUAGGAGUGACAAUAAUAAUAAUGAUGAUAAUUCCGAAGGGAAGCAACUACCCAUAUCACAUCCUAAAAGGCGAUUUCAAUCACUGCCUAACACAUCGCCUUCACCAUCAUCAUCGUCAGCAAUACUAUCAGGAGUUUCAAAUCAGCGUCGUCAUUAUCAACAACGACAAUUACAUGAUGAAAAUGAUUUCUAUCAGAAAUCAAAUCUAUCAUCAGUGCCACCUCCAUCAUCAUUAUCAGCAUCAUUUAUGCAUCGAAUUAGUCGUGAUGCUUCAUGUCGUUCAUCACAAAUCAGUGAUAUAUCCAGAUUUGAACUACCCGGUACAACACGUAUACGCUUAACUAAACUGAUUGGUCGUAUAAGUGGAAGAGAAUUUGUGAAAACAGUGAAAGCUAGUUUAACUUUAAUGCCUUUACUUGGAAUCCCGGAGAUCAUAUUUAUUACACCGUAUCAUCCUUAUUUGAAACCGGCAUUCGAUAUUAUCAAUGCAUUUCUAACAUCAACUCAAGGAAUAUGGGUUACUCUGCUUUAUUGUUUCUUGACCAAAGAGGUAAGGCGACAGUUUGAAAAGCAACUCAGAACACGUUCACUACGCACCAGUCUUCGUCCACACCGAAGAUCUACACGCUUGAAUAAACGCUUGUCUGCAUAA